CCAGAGAGAGUCGCAACCCUCAUCCUCCAAGAGAAGCCCAUUCACGCCCGCCAAAUCCCCAAGAAACCCGCGACGGUGGAGAAUCGAUUACGCCCUGCUGCAGAUGAAGAUGUCAUCAAUCGCUUAAUUUGGGAUCCGGAUUACGACAGCGAUGAUUUCGUGAUUGUGUAUGAGGACCGGUUCGAAGGACGCCUUGAAGCCAGCUUCAAUACGUGGAAGCGCGAGACGACGCACGAUGAGUUCAUCCCCCAACAUCGGAUCCUCCAUAUCAAGCGUCGGUCAGAUGGAGAGAUUGUUUGGGAUAGAAGGAGGAGGAUUGAUAAGGUCUUCUGUAGUGGGAACUCGGCCUUUGACUAUCUGGGCUUUCUUAGUUGA